AUGUCACUUACUGAAGUGCCCUCAGUACUAGACUUGUACACAUUUAAUAUGACAUCACCUAGAGGUAAUAAGCUUAGCAAAAGUUAUCAAAUUUUGCCUAAAGACUGCAGAAAUAGAAAUCAGGUGCGCGAAGGGAAUGUGAAAACAAUUAUACUUGUAGAUGAACAUGCAAAGCAAUUAUCUAUUUUGACAUUUGUAUAUGCAAAAUACCUGGGGUGUUUCGCUCGGGUUUGUUCCAUAAUAGACAAAUAUGAAGGUGAAAGCACGGUUAUAUCAAAACAAUAUAGUAUCAAAAAUGCUCAAGAUCCAAAAGAACAAGCUGUACUCCUUGGUAUUGCGUCUACAAUUAUACUAGUUCUUUUAACUAAAUAUCCGGACUUGCUAGCAGUAGAUUCUACUGGUCAUUGCAACAGUUUAAACUUCUCAAAUACAGUCUUUAUGGUCAGAUCAGAUGAACUCCAUGGUCGAGUUGUAGCAACAUUUGUAAGUGAUAAGGAAACAAUACUAGUUACUGAUCUUAUAUUUGAAUCACUUAUCAAAUAUAGUUCUAAGAAUGGUAUUCAAUUAAACCCAAAGUGGUUAGCUAUUGACAAAUAG